GCGUCGGUCCUACCGUGACUUUGAAAUACGCGCGCGCGAAGCUUUCAGUAGUAAUUUGCUAAGGAAGUGUGGUGGAUGAACGUAUCACCAUGACCACGAAAAGUGAUAAUAGUGACGAGACCCCAGUGACUUUUGAGGACGCUUUGGAAACAACAGGCAAUGGUGUCUACAACAUCUUACUAGUGAUGACCUGUUCCCUCAUUCUCCUGGCCAUCGGCAUAGACCUGUUCGGGUUCAGUCUGGUAGUAGCAGCAGCAUGUGACCUGGAGCUGACCGUCUUCCAGAAAGGAAUACUUACGUCUUUGCCUUUUGUUGGAAUUCUCCUAGUAUCUUACCUAUGGGGUUACGUAUCAGACACGAGGGGCCGUCGCUUCACGCUGGUGAUACCUCUGCUGCUCUCCUUCAUACUGUCCUGCAUCAGCAGCCUGUCUCCUCAUUGGCUGUUCUUAGGACUCUUCAAGUUUCUGUGUGUUUGUUUUGCGUGCGCCGCGAACUCGGCAACCUACACCCUGGUGGGGGAGUCCUGUAUACAGAGAGUGAGGAAUCGGUACAUGCUGAUGAUGACCUGUCUACUAUUGCUGUCUCCGGCUGUGGCUGGUGUGCUAACCUACCCAACGCUGAAACUAAAAUUCGCCGUUGCCAUGCCCUGGUUGAACAUAGUCUUCAAACCCUGGAGGCUGCUCAUCAUAGUCCUGGCCCUACCCUCAGGGCUCGGAGCCUUGGGCAUGUACUUCUUCUCCGAGUCCCCCAAGUUCCUCUUCAAUUCUGGCAGAAGUGAUGAGGCUUUGGCAGUUCUGAGGAGGAUACAUGCUGCUAACCAUAGAGGUUCUAAGGAGGAGUAUCCGGUAAAAACCCUAUCCCUCGAAGGCUACACUCAAAAGAAACAAAUGUCUCUCAUCAGAGCAAUGUACGAGCAGAGCGCCCCCCUCUUCAGGAAGCCCUACCUCUGGAGGAGUGUACAGCUGUUCUACAUCGUCGCAGUCGUGUACAUCACAAACAACAGCUUCCUAGUCUGGCUUCCGUACAUCCUCAACUUGAUCAGGAUAUCCUUGGUUGAUGGUGCAGCUACGGGGAAUAUUUGUGAACUCAUCAGCAACAAGCCAGGGGGCAACUCUACUAGAAAUCUUGAAAACACCUGCAUCGGCACCGUAGAAGAAAGCAUCAUCUUCACUCUCAUAGCCUCCCAAUCCAUCUUCGCGUUCUUCAACUUCCUCAUCUCCUACCUUCAGAACAGACGAAGAGUGGUGCUGAUCUGCAUCCUCUGCCUCUCUUCACUCAGUGGAACAGCCCUGAACUUGGUCCCGGAGCCUAUAUCCAGUGUGUUCUUCUUUAUGGUGUUCACGUGUACGUGCUUAGGAAUGGGCAUUUUGGCCUCUUAUUUUGUGGAUAUUUAUCCGACUUCUUAUAGGGGCAUGGCAGCUUGCCUGAGUAUCAUGGUAGGAAGAAGCAGUACGUUUAUCGGCAUCAAUGCUGUGGGGAACCUCAUCUUCAACCAGUGUCAAAUCACAUUCUACAUGUGGUCUUUACUAGUUUUAAGUAGUGCAGUAGCUGCAUGGUUCUUGCCACCAGACAAGCCUGCUGAAGCCAAGCAAAAUGCAGUGUAACCACGUCUCUUAGUUAGGAAACUUAAAUAUAUCUGUGAUUUAUUUUAUAUCGUUAGCAAAUAAGAAUGUUGCCGUUUAAAUAAAGAUAGAAAAUUGAAAAUAUUCUGUAAAAUAUUAAUUAACGGAAUCGAAGAAAAGGCUGUCUAAAGAUCGUUUGUUAGGCUUUUAUAAGACAGCUGAAAUUUCUGCAUAGUGCGACUUAUAGGAUUUCUAUAUAGUCAGACAGAAAAAUAUGGAAGCGCCGGUCAAAAAUAUAGAUAAGGCAGGAGGAUUUGAAACAUGAAGAUUUUUGUAAAAAGCUCAGUUCACGGGAGGAAAGAUUAAACGCGGGUAACAGCUAGUUUACUGUAGAUAAUCUGCAGAACUACAUCUAAUAAUGAUGAUCUUGCGAAUCUGAUUUUGAAACAGCUUGAAGCUUUGCCGUAUUUAAUUCAUAACCUUUUUACACACGGUCGGUAACCCCAUGGUAAGUUAUUAAUUACCUUGUGUUAUGGGUUGUAGGGUGCCGAUAACAACAUAUAUUAAAAUAUAGCACAAGCACAAUGUCACAGACAUUUGACAUCAAAGACAGUAAUUUGAACAAGCCACUACAUGUGGCAGAUUAUUAUUGUAUGUGGCCAGUAAGGGCCACAAGGAGUCUCCUUCAGCAGGAACUACUGGUCCAAUUUGAAAAAUUCUUUCAGUGUUAGAUAGCCCAUUUAUCGAGGAAGGCUAUAGGCUACUUUUUAUCCGGGUUCGUGCAGAGGUUUGCGGGAUGCGGGUGAAACCGCUGGCAGAAGCUAGUAAUACAUAUUGUAGUACUUAGAACUAUAACUUAUUGAGCUUAAAGCUUAAAAUUGCAUAGCAAAAUUACAAUUGCUCACAAUAUGCAUGUACUUAUUCCCUUACUAUAAUAAAAUUGUACCGAUGAUAGAAAAUUUACUUACCAGAGAUUUAAUACGAUUGUACUGCCAUAGUCAAAUGUUUUUGGAUAUAUUUUUAUUUUUAUCAAACCAAUCUUUUUGAAAUAAAUGGGUGUCGUUUAGGAAAUUAUAAUUUACCUAAAUAUACUCGUUUUUAUGUUUUUGGAUCCAGUUCAAUUGUUUUUAAAAUGUAAGUUGGUUCCACUGUGAAAUUUUGAAAGUAUAUGUAAAUAUGAUUAGCUUUUUACAAGAAGAUUAUUGUUUACUGAAAUGUUAAUAUCGUUUUAAUUAUAAAAAUAAAAAAUAUGCGAAAUAAA